GUGCGUGGUCUCAGUCGAAGAAGGCGGAGGCAGGGACGAGGCCGGCGCAAUAUGGGGUUCCAGGCGCGUGGUCUCAGCCCGAAGAAGGCGGAGGCGGGGACGAGGCGGAGCUGGGGUCCCAGGCGGGGACGAGGCCGGAGCGCUUAUCCUCGACCAACGUGGAGUCCCAGGUACGCGAUCUCGGCCCGAAGAAGGUGAAGGUGGGGUGCUUGAAGCCAGAAGAAGGCGAGCUUCAAGAGGAGGCGACAACAAGCUCGAAGGACUUACUCUCAGAAUACGUUCUCGGCGCGUGGUCUCAACCUGAAGAAGACAGAGGCGGCGACAAGGUGCGCGGUCUCAACUUGAAGAGGAUGGAGGCGGGAACCAGGCCGGAGCACUUCUCCUCAACCAAUAUCGGGUCCGAGGUGCGUGGUCUCAACUCGAACAGGAAGCUCAAGCUGAAGAAGACAGAGGUGUGGAAGUUCAAGCUGAAGAAGACACAGGCGUGGAAGCUCAAGCUGAAGAAGGGCAAGGACAAGGCCGGGAGGGUGUAUCAUCAACCAAUAUGGGUUUCCAAGACGUGGGGUCUCAAGCUGCAGAAGCGCAACGACAAGGUGCGUAUCCUCAAGAAGAAGAAGGCCGGGAGCGGGAACGAAGCCGUGCAGGCUCGCCUGCAUGGUGCGUGGUCUCAGUCGAAGAAGGCGGAGGCAGGGACGAGGCCGGCGCAAUAUGGGGUUCCAGGCGCGUGGUCUCAGCCCGAAGAAGGCGGAGGCGGGGACGAGGCCGGAGCUGGGGUCCCAGGUGCGAAAGCGGAGGCGGGGACGAGGCCGGAGCGCUUAUCCUCGACCAACGUGGAGUCCCAGGUACGCGAUCUCGGCCCGAAGAAGGUGAAGGUGGGGUGCUUGAAGCCAGAAGAAGGCGAGCUUCAAGAGGAGGCGACAACAGGCUCGAAGGACUUACUCUCAGAAUACGUUCUCGGCGCGUGGUCUCAACCUGAAGAAGACGGAGGCGGCGACAAGGCCGGAUCGCCUAUCCUCAACUGUCAUGGGUUCCCAGGUUCGUGGUCUGGAGAGAACAGAAGCCGAGACCAGGCCGGAGUGCCUAUCCUCAAGCAAUAUGGGGUCCCAGGUGCGCGGUCUCAACUUGAAGAGGAUGGAGGCGGGAACCAGGCCGGAGCACUUGUCCUCAACCAAUAUCGGGUCCGAGGUGCGUGGUCUCAACUCGAACAGGACGGAGGCGAGGAGAGGCCGGAGUACCUAUGCAAGGACAAGGCUGGGAGGGCCCAUCCUCAACCAACAUGGGGUUCCGAGGUGCGGAAGUUCAAGCUGAAGAAGACACAGGUGUGGAAGUUCAAGCUGAAGAAGACAGAGGCGUGGAAGCUCAAGCUGAAGAAGGGCAAGGACAAGGCGUGGAAGCUCAAGCUGAAGGAGACGGAGGCGUGGAAGCUCAAGCUGAAGAAGGGCAAGAACAAGGCGUGGAAGCUCAAGCUGAAGAAGGGCAAGAACAAGGCGUGGACGCUCAAGCGGAAGAAGACAGAGGCAAGGAGGAGGCCGGGCGUGGACGCUCAAGCGGAAGAAGACAGAGGCGUGGACGCUCAAGCGGAGGAAGACAGAGGCAAGGAGGAGGCGUGGAAGCUCAAGCGGAAGAAGACGGAGGCAAGGACGAGGCGAACACUGAAGGAGACGGAGUCGCCGAAGGCGAGCCAUGGAGAGUGCAAGGAAUAUGCCCGAUACUUGGGCAUCGACCCCGGAUACGAGGGAGAAGAGACACACAACGCGAUGUUGUGCCCGAGCCUCGGUGCAUGGUCUCAACCUGAGAAGAACACGGAGGCGGGGAUCAGGGAAAGCGAAGGCGGGGACAAGGCCGGAGCGCUUAUCCUCAACCAAGGCGAGGACGAGGCCGGAGCGCUUACCCUCAACCAAUAUGGGGUUCCAGGUGUGACGUCUCGCAGCCCGAAGAAACUGGAGGUGCGUGGUCUCAACCUGAAGAAAGCGGAGGGGACGAGGCCGGAGGGCUUAUCCUCAACCAAUAUGGGGUCCCAACCCGAAGAAGGCGAAGGCGGGGACGAGGCCGGUGUGAAGUCUCAUCCCGGAGAAGGAGGAAGCGGGGACGAGGCCAAAGCGAUUAUCCUCAACAAAUCUGGGGUGUGGAAGCUCGCCGAAGAAGUCACAGGCAAGGACGAGGCCGGGAGUGUGGAAGCUCAAGCGGAAGAAGACACGGGAGUGUGGAAGCUCAAGCGGAAGAAGACAGAGGUGUGGAAGCUCAAGAUGAAGAAGACAGAGGCAAGGACGAGGCCGGGUGUGGAAGCACAAGCUGAAGAAGACAGAGGCAAGGACGAGGUGUGGAAGCACAAGCUGAAGAAGACAGAGGCUCGCCGAGACCUGGGCAGUGUCCAACAGGACCCCGCCAUGUUGUCAGAGCAGUCUUCAGGGCGAUACAUCGUCAGCGACGACGUGGAGCUGCCAGAGGAUCGCGUCCAGUACAGCGACGUGAACCUACUUCGACAAGCCCUCCUCGACGCCCGUGAGUUCCUUCGCUCAGGCUAUACGGAAAUCCACUUCCGAGUCUGGAGGCGCGACGAACCGAUGAAGCUUCUCUGCGCACGGAGUGCCAAGCAGCAUGAGGGCACGAUGGAACUCUACCUCACCUACGAGGACGGCGGCGAGGAAGAGGGCCUGCUGCAUCCGGCAGGAACCGGUUGCACCGGACCGUUGUUCGCGUUUGCCAGCAGACGUCAAGACGGCAUUCCAGCUCCUCGACGACGGCUGGGACGUGCUCAUACAAUCUUCUUCUUCAAGAACGAUCUGGUGGAGUGGACGGCGGCUCGCGGCGAGGCAAAAAGGUGCAAGGAGGGCCUGGUGCAUCACAUGCGGCCGCGCUCCUCCAUCAUGUCGCAGUCGGGCAUACAGGUGCUCAGUCUCAGCGGGAACAACGUUGGCGAAGGCAGGGACGAGGCCGGAGCGCUUAUCCUCAACCAAGAUGGGGUUUCAGGUGCUUGGUCUGAAGCUGAGAAGACGGCGGAGGCCGGCGGGGACGAGGCCGGAGCGCUUAUCAUCAACCAAGAUGAGGUCUCAGGUGCGUGGUCUCAAGCCGAAGAAGGCGAAGGCGGGGACGAGGCCGGCGGGGACGAGGCCGGAGCACUUGUCCUCAACCAAGAUGGGGUCUCAGGUGCGUGGUCUCAAGCCGAAGACGGCGGAGGCCGGGACGAGGCCGGCGGGGACGAGGCCGGAGCGCUUAUCCUCAACCAAGAUGGGGUGUCAGGUGCUUGGUCUGAAGCCGAGAAGACGGCGGAGGUGCUUGGUCUGAAGCUGAGAAGACGGCGGAGGAAGGGACGAGGCGGGGACGAGGCCGGAGCACUUAUCCUCAACCAAUAUGGGGUCUCAGGUGCGUGGCCUGAAGCUGAGAAGACGGCGGGGAAAAAAGGCCGGAGUGGCGGAGGCGGGGACGAAGGCCGGGGCCGCUUAUCCUGCAACCAAGAUUGGGGUCUCAGUUCUUGCCUGAAGCGGAGAAGACGGCGGUGCGUGGUCUCGCAGCCGCAAGACGCCGGAGGCCGAGACGAAGCCGGCGGGGACGAAGCCGGAGCGCUUAUCCUCAACCUAGAUGGGGUUUCAGGUGCUUGGUCUGAAGCUGAGAAGACGGCGGAGGCGGGGACGAAGCCAGAGCGCUUAUCCUCAACCAAGAUGGGGUUUCAGGUGCUUGGCUCGGGUGCAUGGUCUCAAGCCGAGGAAGACGGCGGAGGCGGGGACGAGGUGCUUGGUCUGAAGCUGAGAAGACGGCACAGGCGAAGGCGGGACGGACAGGCCGGAGUGCCCGGUGUGCACUUCCAACUUGAAGAAGGCGGAGGCGGGGACGAGGCCGGCGGGGACAAGGCCGAAGCGCUUAUCCUCAAUCCAUAUGGGGUCCCAGGUGCGUGGUCUCCACUCCAAGAGGACCGGAGCAGGGACGAGGCCGGUCUGUGGUCUCCACUCCAAGAGGACCGAGGCGGGGACAAGGUCCCGGGUGCGUGGUUUCCGCUCCAAAAGAUCGGGGACGAGGAUGGAAGCGGGGACAAAGCCGGAACACUUGUUCUCAACCAAUACAGGGUCCCGGGUGCGUGGUUUCCGCUCCAAAAGAUCGGGGACGAGGCCGGCGCGGACGAGGCCGGAGUGCUUGUCCUCAACCAAUAUGGGGUUUCAGGGAAAGGGCGUGUUGUCUUCUCGACGCCCGCACAGCAGACGUCCGAUGUACACGGAGGCUGGGCGCUGAAGCAAGUGGCUGGCUUCGGAGUGCUCGAAGUGGGCUUCAACUGUCGGGGCUCCCGCGGCCGCAACAUCUGGCUGGCACUGGUGGCAGGGCCGGACGGCGUCUUCUUCGGUGCGCAUCAGAACGGAUGGGACUACGUGCGAGCGACAAGCGUGUCUGUUGACUGGCACGACAUUCCCUUGACCUCGGGUCUCGAAUAUGGAGCCACGCCGUAG